AUGCCACGCAUCCUCUUCAAAAUAUUUUCUAUAGAUAUCAGUAAUAUUUAUCAAGAUGGUGCACCACCACAUUGGGGACGGCAUGUUCGUCAGUUCCUCAAUCAAACAUUUUUAGACCGAUGGAUUGGAAGGUAUGGGCCAAUUCCAUGGCCACCGCAUUCGCCAGAUAUCACUCCAUUGGACUUCUUUUUAUGGGGUUAUGUAAAAGAUAUCAUGUAUCAAACAAAGAUAUGGGAUAUUGCUGACUUAAAGCAAAGGAUUCGUAAUGCCAUUACCACCGUUGAUGAGGCUAUCCUACAGCGAACAUGGCAAGAAAUCGAGUACUGUCUUGAUGUGCUUCAGGCAACUAAUGGUGCCCAUAUUGAGGUCUAUUGA